AUGUUCCCUUUUUCUUGUAUUACGCCCUCAUCUAUCUCAGUGACAUUUGAAGGACCCGUUGACUCUAAGGAUAAGUCUCCUCCUCAUAAGGAAGUAGUUGAUUUAGAGGAGGACGAUAGCCCCUUGGCCUUGGUUCGUGCUGACAAGGCCAAUUCUCAAAAGACUGAGCUGCCAACCUAUCCCGAAGCCAUGCCUACAGAGAUGGUGCCUAAGAAGGGAAAUAGAAAGAAAGUGAUUAAGAGAAAAAGAGUCCCACACCGUCUAAGGCUAGCUCCUCAGGUAGAGCCCAUGGCCAAUGCUUGGGAGUUUGAGGGGGAUCCUCAAGAUCUUCGCCGUCUUCUAAGACUUUGUGACGAGCCCAACAAGUUGGAGAUCCGAGUAGCUCUUGAUGGGAAGUGUAGCAUGAGGAAUUACAAGGAGCUUGUAACUCCGAAGAACCUCGCUAGGCUUGAGCUCGACCCUUAUAUUCUAAGCAAGUUACCUGCUAUAGAUGAAGAUAACCCCCAUGUCGAGAAGACUUUCUCUGAUAAGUCCACGUUGCUCUUUUUGUUCUUUAUCUGGUAA